CCAACGAGAGAGAGAGAUGGAGAGUGGGAAGAGAGCUGAAGCUGGUUUCUCAAGAGGUUUUAGUGAGGAGAGGAAAGAGAGAGAACAAAGGGAAGUGUGUCAGAAACCCUUUUCUCUUGAAGCUUGUGAUGAUCCUGAAGAUGAAGAUGACGAGGAAGAUGGUGUUGGAGCUUCGUCUGGUUUUGUCCCUAGUUCUCUUGUUUCUCUCAAGGAACAGAUUGAAAAGGACAAGGAUGAUGAGAGCUUGAGGAGAUGGAAGGAGAAGCUUCUUGGUUGUGUUGAAGGAGACUUAAAUGGCCAAAUGGAACCUCAAGUCAAAUUCCACUCCAUAGGAAUGAUUUCUAAUGACCUUGGGGAAGUUAACUAUCCCUUGCCGAUUGAUGGGGAUCAGGAUGGUCAUGUCCUGUUUACUCUCAAAGAAGGAUCCCUGUAUCAACUUAAGUUGACAUUCAGUGUUCUGCACAACAUCGUUUCCGGCUUAACAUACUCCAACGCGGUGUGGAAGGCGGGAGUUCAAGUUGAUCGAAACGGAGGAAUGCUGAGCACUUUUGCUCCUCAACGAGAACCAUAUGUGCAUAUUUUCGAUGAAGAGACUACACCCUCCGGGGUGCUUGCAAGGGGAACUUACUCUGCAAAUCCCAAGUUUGAAGACGAUGGCAAAAGAUGUCACAUGGAACUCAAAUACUCCUUUGAGAUAAAGAAUAGCAGCUAG